UUUCUCCUGGCUAUAUAUUCUCCCAUUAAAACCAUUUACUAAUGCUUCACUUCAUCAAAUUUUCAUCUUAGAAAAAAUGAAGUUAUUUCUAUUAACUCUGCUUUUGGUCACUCUUGUUAUUACCCCUUCUUUCAUUCAAACUACUAUGGCUGGUUCAUAUUUUUGUGAUUCGAAGUGCAAGCUGAGAUGUUCAAAGGCAGGACUUGCAGACAGAUGCUUGAAGUACUGUGGAAUUUGUUGUGAAGAAUGCAAAUGCGUGCCUUCUGGAACUUAUGGUAACAAACAUGAAUGUCCUUGUUAUAGGGACAAGAAGAACUCUAAGGGCAAGUCUAAAUGCCCUUGAAUUUGAUGUAUUUUAAAUAUCUAAGUGGUUAAAUUUGGUCUUUACAUAUUAAGUUUUCUAGGUAUGUUAAAGUUAUACAUAUAAUUUGAAAACUAGAAGAAAAAAAAAACGUUUGUUAUAUUAAUAAAUAAAUGGGUUCUUCUUUGAACUCUUUGGGUAAUUUUUCUGAUUUGUUAUAAAUGUAAUAUGAUUUUGAAUUCUUAUAAAUAAUAAUUUACUGUUUGGUUAA